CCUACCUCGCCUACCUACAUACAUAGUACCUACUUAGGUAAGUACCUACCUAGAUCUAGGAACUCACUUACUCGACCCUGAGGUCCAUCUCAGAGACACUACAGGUAACUAUCUCUAAAUGCAUUCCCAACAAUCUUCCAAGUAAGAUGUACCGGCUCACAGCUGUGCCUCGACGUCGAACUCGGUCCUAAAACAAAUACACUUGUUUCAUGUCGCCAGACUCUCGCGCUGGUGCUCUGUUUGCGCAAUACCGCAUGUCGUCGCGGUGACGCGCCCGAGGUUAUUGUGAAUUCGCAUCAACUGGGUCAUACUUGGUAAGAACCAUCGCCACGCGCAUCCAUCGCCACUACAUCUGCUUGAAAUCCCCAGCUCAAAAUGCCGAGUGCGCUACAUCCUCAGGCCAAGUUCGAUCCAAUACCUCCGGAUCUCGACCUCCAUGGCCUAGUCGAUCGAACUCCCAACUUUGACUGGGUAACGCGCGUCUCCAUAGCCCAGAUCCGACGUCUUGGCCCAGCCGGCUUUGAGAAACUCGUGCAGCUUCAUGUCAUAGAAGGCGGGCGACCAUUGGUAAUCGAAGGCUGGGACAGGGUUCUGCCAAAGGAUCUAUUCAGCGCUGCGUGGCUAGAGGAAACAUGCGACAAGAAACAGGAAAAUGUCCGCGAUGUCACGGCGCAGACAGAUAUUCCCAUGACCACCGGUCAUUACUUGCGAUCAAUGCAACAACUUACAAACCAGUGGAGCCCAACCAACUUUCGCGACGAGCGCCGACAGCGCCUAUACCUCAAAGAUAUUGACUGCCCAGAGGAGUGGUUUCAACAUUUGAAGAAAAUAAUACCGCCUAAUGUCUUUUAUAUGAACGAGAAUGUCAAUGAGAACCCCAGUCGUAACUCCCGGGAUGACGAUAUUUUUGGUGUCCCGGAGAAAACAUCAGCAAUUGCCGGUGAUCUCAUGAGCAGCCUGGACCCGGAGAUGCGGGCACAAAACCUCAUGUGUUACAUUGGUCAUGAAGGGACAUACACUCCAGCGCAUCGAGAAAUGUGCGCAAGCUUGGGUCAGAAUAUCAUGGUUAACGCAUCUGGGGACGAGAACGGGGAAAAGCCAGGGAGUUCAAUCUGGUUUAUGACAGAGACAAAAGACCGCGAAGUUGUGCGAGAGUAUUUCCUCUCGAUGCUCGGUCAUGAUAUCGAGAUUGAAAAGCAUUUUGCCCAGAUCAAUGCCUGGAAAAAGGCAAACUUCCCUGUGUAUAUCGUCGAGCAAAAAGUGGGCGAUUUCAUAUUGGUACCACCUCUCGCGCCCCAUCAAGUUUGGAAUAGAGGCACGAGAACAAUGAAGGUUGCAUGGAAUAGAACAACCGUGGAAACGCUUGACCUUGCACUACAUGAGGCCCUUCCAAAAGCCCGGCUUGUUUGUCGAGAUGAGCAAUACAAAAACAAGGCCAUCAUCUACUAUACCCUCGAAAAAUACUACAAGGAACUUCAAUCAUUUGAGGAUAGCCCUGAGGUCAGCUGGCUGGGGCUUGGUCAAGAACUCAUGCAAAACUCAGCUCGUAUGAAGCAGAUGGCUCACGAUUUUAAAAGGCUAUUCAAAUUAUUUACCGAAAUACUAGUCGACGAGAUGUUCCAUGACAAAGAGAUGAAUGUUGAGCACAUUCCGUUUGACUCAAACAUCACCUGCUCAUACUGCAGAUCUAAUAUCUUUAACCGGUUCCUGACAUGCAAAUCUUGCGUGCGGCAGCUCAUAAAUGGUGAUGAAGACACAUAUGACGUUUGCAUGGAAUGUUAUGCUAUGGGUCGCUCUUGUGUAUGCAUUUCUGGGCUUAAAUGGUGCGAGCAAUGGCAAUGGUCCGAACUUGUCGACAAACACGAAACUUGGCGUGCGAUGAUUAUAGAGCAAGACGGCUUUGUCGACAUCGAUUUUUCUCCUCAGCCUCUCGAAUUAGCCAGAAAGUUAUCAGGCAAAAAAGCAGUAGCUCAGAUCUGUCAAGAACAGCUGCGAAGACGGCCAUGGAAUGACAUUACAAAACCACCUGAACGGCAACCUGAGGAGUCAGAUGAUCCCGAGGUUGAUGACGAAGGUCGAAUCAAGAAGAAACCCAAGGGAAGGAAGAAGAAACAGGGCGAGACUUACCGUUGCCAUGUAUGCAGUCACAAAGAUUUUACUUACAAGCUGCAUUUCUGUGCGACAUGUACUUCAGCUUACUGCUAUGGCGUCAUGUGGCGAGCAUUUGACAUGAUGCCGCAAGCUAUCAUGGAGCAAGAACAUUGGCAAUGUCCAAAGUGUCUCAAAAUUUGCAACUGUGGUGCGUGUCGGCAAAGUGGGAACACUGAACCAUACAUUCCGAAGAACACGCUGUUAGGCCAUGACACUCGGCCCAUUGCGGAUGAUAGAAGUGUGGAGUCCAUUGUUGACUUCCGUUCUCACAACUUGGGUUGGUUGAAAGUGGUUGGUGAGGAAAAUCGCAGCAAGGAUUCGAAACGAAUGAAUCGACUACGACAACAGGCCGAUGCUGAGAAAGCCAAGAAUCCGCUGGCACCAUUGCAGACGAGUAACGCCCCCCGCGAGAUGGACUCGGCACUUCAGGACUCCAUAAUGAACGGAUACGGCAACCAGAGCCACAUUGUUGAUGAUGAAGUACAGGAGGAGGAAGGUGACCAAAAUCCCGAAGUCCCACCUGUUUCACAUGGAGAACCAGGCAGCCAAGUGGAAACAGCGGAUAUGUCUGGGCUGCAGGAUGCCGAAGGCGAAUCUGUUUAUCCAGACUUGUCAAACUAUCCCGAUCCCACCCUGCUAGAUAGAGGACGUAUGAUGGGUGUCGGGUUUUACGAACAAGAUGAGAGUACUGACAGGAUUUUGUUCGAUGCUUUCCAAAUGCCCACUGCAGAUGCAUUGAAUAGUGAACCUCAGAUGUCCGAUUUUGUCAAGAAAACAUUGCGCCUUGCAAAAAGAAGAGCAAGGCUCGAACAAGAUGAUGAUCCAGAUUUUCAAGGUCCGAAAAGUCACAAGAAAAAACCAAGGACUGGCAAUAUUGAACAGCUGGUCAAUUUAGACCCAGCUUUACUAGGUGUCCUCGGUGACAGUACUCCCACACCAACCCACGAACCAAAUUCUAAUCGUCCGGCUACUCAAGAUCCAACAGAAGGAAUAGAAGGGCAACAGGGAGGGCAACAGGGAGAGAAUAUAACCCCGGCGCCCAAGCCCAAGCCGACACGGCCUCCACUGCCCAUUGAUCCAUUACGACCAACACUUCGACAUGCUAAGCCCAUGACGUCGUACAUUGAGGCUGAAGAACCUGUAGAAGAUCCGGACGACACAAUUCCUAUAAGGAUUAGCAAUGAGCAAGUACCGUCGGCAGUAGAUUUGGCAGCAGAAGCGGUUCGUGCUAUUACGGAUACACCUGCACCGCAAGCGGAAUCACCGAACACAGAGCCAACAACACAAUAUACUGGUAAAAAACGAGGACGACGACCACAAAGUUCACUUAGCACAGACUCAUCGCCGCCUACAGGGGCAAAGCGGCGAGGUCGUCCUCCUGGAAGAGGCCGAGCACGGAGAUCAACCCUCAAUCGAGUCGAGAAUCUUGAAGAUGCCACUAUGGUCGAUGUGGACAACCAGGCUGACGAUAGUGGUCAAAACAACGCUAACAGUAUCGAAGAGAAUGUGACCGUGGAUGAGCUAGAGGCCCAACUAGUGGAAGAACUAGGAUCACCCGAAGACGAUGAUGUGAAGUCGGAUUAUACUCCUUCACAGAACGGCCCGAGCAAACGCAGAGGUCGUCCUCCAGGCGCUAAACGUUCCCAGCCGUCGGCGGUGCCUCCCACGGAGUCUAAAACGGUCCUAGAACCCACUAAAGACUUUCGAUCCAUGUCUAUGCAAGAGAGGAUGGCUCUAAGGGGCAAGAAGAUCCGCAUCGGACAACGUGGUCGUGCACGAGAUACCGGUAUAUCCGGAAAUAGUACGCCAACACCCACGGUGUCUGCACCAAAGUCGGAUCUUCCCGCCCUAAAUAUGGAUGCCGAGGAACCUAGCACUACUCCUAAGCGUGGCCGUGCUGAACUCGUUGAUGACGAUUUUGAACCUCUCGCGGUCGAACAAUCGCCGUCUGUCUCAUCGGCGUCAGACCCUGAUGAAGCGCCACCGCCACGGCGAGUUUCAAGUAAGCCAGGUGGACCAACUGUUGUCAGAUUGGCUUCCUCUGAUGAAAGUUCUGCAGGUUCUGCGUUCGAUUCAAGCGAGGACGAGAUCCCAGCAAGGAAAAUCUUAUCGACUCGUGGUAGAGGCCGGGGCAGAGGACGAGGUAGCCGAUGGGCCACGCGUGGUCGGACAUAAUUGAGGUGUUAGUUGUGACUUAAUAUUUGUGAAGAAAGCCCUCGUUGCAAUUAUUGAUUUAAAAUUUGGAACGGGAACGGGGCUACCUUGGCAAUGAUUGCAAUGUUAUGAUACCAAAAUACUGAAGGCUUCAACUUAGCUUUGAACCCCAAAAGGAGUAAAAUGUCUGCAAACAUUACUUGUUACUAGUACGUAAACUGCGGUAGGCCUAACUCCCUCGUUUCGAAUUUGCCCUUCUUCGGAAUCGUCAAAUCUAUCCGGUCGUGCUCCGUCACAACCCCGAAAGGCGAGCAUGUCACUUUCAGAUGGUUGUUCCAGGUGACGUUGACGUCCUCUAAUGGCUACAAUGCUAGGUGCAAUUAGUGAACCUUGCGAUAUAGCACCAGUAGUAAUACUUGCUGUGAUCGACUUCGACGGCCAGCUGAUAGUCGUUCAGUGGGCUGGUUGUAUGUACACCGACCGCGUGACGUGAU